AUGUCGAUUCCCGGCCUGGGCAUAGCCCCCACGGCUGCUACCCCAACCGCAGCGCCGACCUCCACUGCGACCACUACCAUCGUCUCGCUCCAGCCCUUCUGGGAGUGGCGCUUUGAGGUCCCCGUCUCAUCGUCGCUGACUAUCCGACUACUCUCGGGCACCGCAGAAAAAGACGGCACCGAACUCGCGCCCAGCACGCCCUACACCUUCAGUGGCGCCAAGUCCAAAAUCAACACGUGGAAAGGCUGCGAGCUACAAGUCACCGCCCCGACCCCUGAUGCCUACGACGCCUACACGAGCAAGCCCACAGCGGACGAAACCCCUAUGGUCAGCUAUCUUAACCUGCACAUGAAGCUCGAAGGUUUGCGAGCCGCAGCCGCGAAAGCAAUAGGGAAUGGCGAAGGGGAUAUGGGACCGCGCAUUCUGGUCGCUGGCCCAGCUAACACGGGCAAGACGAGUCUAGUCAAGAUGCUGGCUGGUUGGGCCACGCGCAUGGGACACCAGCCAAUGGUGGUCAAUACAGAUGCGGCGCAGGGCAUGCUCUCGUUGCCUGGCACCCUGUCAGCGGCUGUGUUUGCGACCAUCAUGGAUAUCACGACUGAAUGGGGCGGCAUACCCAGCAGCGGGCCGGUUGCAACACCCAUCAAGCUGCCGCUUGCAUAUUACUAUGGUUUGAGCAGUCCGGACGAGAAUCUUAGAUUGUUCAAGAGCUUGUUGAGUCGUCUAGCUGUUGCAGCGACUAGUCGACUGGCCGAAGAUCCAGAUGUGAAGAAGACGGGCAUGUUGAUUGAUACCAGGACACCCAAUGCAGCAAAGGGAGGCUACGACUUGCUGGCGCACAUCGUGGCAGAGUUCUCCGUCAAUAUCAUCAUCGUUCUGGGCUCAGAACGGAUGACUGCCGAGUUGGUCAGGAGAUUUUCCGGCCAAAGGACAAGCUUGGGCGAGUGCAUACACGUCGUUGGCUUGGACAAGAGUGGAGGUGUCGUCGAGAGAGACGCCGCCUUUAUGCAGGGCGCCAGGGAAGCCACUAUCCGGGAGUACUUCUUUGGUGAUGUGCGGAGGUCCUUAAGCCCGUUUACACAGAGUGUUGCUUUCGACGGUGUGGGAAUAUGGAGAAUCAUGGAAGCACCAACUACUGCAACUGCUGACUCAGACGACUUUUAUAACGUAUCUUCGCGCGAGCAGCUCCUGGAAAAGGUGGAGCCUUCCCUUAUGAUGGUCAACUGCAUGCUGGCCGUCAUGUACGCCUCUGUCCAUGAUGCGCCUGAGACGAUACGCGACUCCAACAUUAUGGGUUUCGUCUACGUCGCAGAUGUUGACGAGAAGAAGAAGAGACUCAAGGUCCUUGCGCCAGUGAGCGCCAAACUCGGUGACAGACCCUUGCUUUGGGGUAGCUAUCCGGAACCUAUGGUCAGCCUCUAG